AGGAACGCUCAAAUGGACAAGCAGCAGGAGGUUUCUCUCUCCCCUAUCCCCUUUUCCCAUACUUUGAUCUUUUCAGGAAAGCACUGGUGUAUGGAAGUGGGACCUCGUGUUUCUGUGUCUGGUGCUUCUGGCAGAAAGGUCCUUCUCAGCAGUGGGACCUUCUUUAAUUGAUUCUUGUAGGGACCUUGGACUGUGGAGUUAAGUCUCUGCUGCCUCAGAAUUCUGUUUGCUCAGAAAACUAAAUACUACUAGAGGUCGGGAUCCCAGUCGUCUGUAGGGUGGGAGGGAGGCGUGGCGACUGUUGUUUAUUAGUGAUCAUAGUGCGUGCCUCCUGAUACUUUGGCUGUUACCCCUCCUUCCCUCUUUUACAAUAAAGUUUAUCAUGGGGAAAGCUCUUUGCACUACUCCACUGGUUACUAAUAUUUUCAAGACUAAAACCCUUUUUUAACUUAAAAAAAUGUAUUGAAACUCUAGCAAUGGCUGUUUUAGUGUUUACAGUGGAUGCUUAGCGCACGCAGGAAUUCCCUCUUCCUGGUAAUGUGGCGGCCCCUUUUCAGGUGUUACAUGUCUGCUUGAGAACCACUGUUAUUUCACCCUGAGGAUGGUACGGUGUGCUGGAGAAAGCACUAUACUGAGAGGAGUCUUGAGCUCAAGUCCUCUUUUUGCCACCAAUUUGUCUUAUUACCCGCUUAACCCCUUUGGACUAGUUCUUUGGUUAAAUAAGGGUUGAACUAGAUAACCUUGGAAACUUUUUGAUUUGGUAACAUUGGGCUUGGAGAUAGAUACCAAGAAGGUAAAUCAUUGGAGUGUUUUGCUGUAAUUUCCAUGUAAAAAAUGCUAUGUGGCUUUUAACUUUUUAAAAAAUAGAGGUAUAAAGAGAAUAAAAACUACCUUUAGUCCCACUACCCAGAGUUAGGCUUUGAUUUUUCCUUGUGCAUUGUGUAUAUGGGUGUACGGCUGAGAUCAGAGUGUAUCGUUUGCAACCUGUUCGUUUCACCUAAUUUGCAUUUUUCCAUUAGCUUCCCGUGAUUCUCAAUGACUGAUAUUCUAAUGUCCAUUUAAUCACUUUACUAUUAUUGGAUAAUUUGCGGUUUUUACUUAUUUGCAGAGUAUAUAUCCUACAUGUAUCUUUGACUCACUGAUUCUUUCCCUCAUAAAUGCCUACCAAUGGAACUGGGUGAAUGAAUGAAUGAAUGAUGGAGAAAAUGUAUUUCGGUAGAUAAGAAUGGUCAUUCAUUUUUAUGUUACACAGCUGUUUUUCCUUGAGCAAGCAAAUUAUUUAUGCUGUCACUCUUCUGGCUUCAAAUGCUAAAACUGACAACCUCUAGAUUUUAGAUGUUCCUCAUUGGAUCAGAAGCAUCAAGAACAAAUAGGUCCAAUUUAAGACUGGCCCUGGGCUAACAUCCAUGCCCAUCUUCCUCCACUUUACAUGGGACGCCGCCACAGCAUGGCCUGACAAGCAGUGCGUCAGUGCGUGCCCGGGAUCCAAACCGAGGAGCCCUGGGCCGCCGCAGCAGAACCUGCGCACCUAACCGCUUGCGCCACCGGGCCGGCCCCUAGGUACUCUUAUCAUCUCCUUUUCACAGGUAAGGUGGACCUAUGUGAUUUGUUUAUUUCUGGAGUUAUCUUAUCAUGGCUGAAGAUGACACAGACAGAAACCAGACUGAGAAACUACUAAAAAGAGUGCAAGAACUGGAGCAGGAGGUACAAAGACUUAAAAAAGAACAGAACAAGAAGGACUCAAACGUUAGAGAAAAUUCUUCAGGAAGUGGAAAAGCUAAGCGUGCAUUUGAUUUCGGUGCUCAUGGUCGAAGACAUGUAGCCCUAAAGAUAGCCUAUCUGGGCUGGGGAUACCAGGGCUUUGCCAGUCAGGAAAACACAAACAAUACGAUUGAAGAGAAACUGUUUGAGGCUCUAACCAAGACUCGACUAGUAGAAAGUAGGCAGACAUCCAACUAUCACCGAUGUGGGCGAACAGACAAAGGAGUUAGUGCCUUUGGACAGGUGAUUUCUCUUGACCUUCGUUCUCACUUUCCAAAUGGCAGGGAUUCAGAGGAUUUUAAUUUAAAAGAUGAAGUCAGUGAUGCUGCUAAAGAGAUCCGUUAUACUCACAUUCUCAAUCGGGUGCUCCCUCCAGACAUCCGUGUACUGGCCUGGGCCCCUGUAGAACCCAGCUUCAGUGCUAGGUUCAGCUGUCUUGAGCGGACUUACCGCUAUUUUUUCCCUCGUGCUGAUUUAGACAUUAUAACCAUGAACUACGCAGCUCAGAAGUAUGUUGGCACACACGAUUUUAGGAAUUUAUGUAAGAUGGAUGUAGCCAACGGAGUGAUUAAUUUUCAGAGGACUAUUCUGUCUGCUCAAGUACAGCUAGUGGGCCCCAGCCUGGCUGAGGAGAGAGGCCAAGAACCUUUCCAGCUGUGUCAGUUUGAAGUGAUUGGCCAGGCCUUCCUUUAUCAUCAAGUCCGCUGUAUGAUGGCUAUCCUUUUUCUGAUUGGCCAAGGAAUGGAGAAGCCAGAGGUUAUUGAUGAGCUGCUGAACAUAGAGAAAAAUCCCCAGAAACCUCAAUACAGUAUGGCUGUAGAAUUUCCUCUAGUCCUAUAUGAUUGUAAGUUUGAAAACAUCAAGUGGAUCUAUGACCGGGAGGUUCAGGAAUUCAAUGUUACUCACCUACAGCAACUCUGGGCUAAUCAUGCUGUUAAAACUCACAUGCUGUAUAGUAUGCUGCAAGGACUGGACUCUGUGGCAGUACCCUGUGGGACAGGACCAAAGACGGAUGGAGUGAUGGAGUGGAGAAAUGUUACACCUUCUGUCAUAAAGCAGACCAGUGCCUUUGUAGAAGGAGUGAAAAUGCGCACAUAUAAGCCCCUAAUGGAUCGUCCUAAAUGCCAAGGCUUAGAAUCUCGGAUCCAGCAUUUUGUACGUAGGGGACGCAUCGAGCACCCACAUUUAUUCCAUGAGGAAGAAACAAAAGCCAAAAGGGACUGUGAUGACACACUAGAGGAAGAAAAUACUAUUUUGGAGAAACCAGCAAAGAGAGUCUGUGUUGAUCCAGAAAUUAAAAGCAUCAUUUAACCAUAUAAAAUGCAUCAAGAUCUAGGAGGCAACAACUAGCUAAGUGGGUAGGUGGAUAGAAAGGAAAUACAAAAAAUAUUUACUACAACAAGACCUAGAAAUUCAGAUGAUCAGCUCUUUAAAAACAAAAACCAAAAAACACCAUAGGUCCUAUUAAGGAAUUUCUUACGUGAACAAGAAAGAGUGCAAACAUUCUGUCAUUCCUUCCUAUACAGAAGGAUUAAGAGAUGGAAGAAGCAAAAAGCAGUUGUAAAAUGGAGAGGUAUUUAUGUACACCUGGAAACCUGUGCCUGUGUUCACAUUCAUUAAAGCCUGAUCCUGCAAGUGUCUAA